AUGCUCCUCCGGGACUUGGUGCUGCGCCGGGGCUGCUGCUGGCCUUCACUGCUGCUGCACUGCGCGCUCCACCCUCUCUGGGGCUUCGUGCAGGUGACGCAUGGUGAGCCCCAGAAGUCCUGCUCCAAGGUGACCGACAGCUGUCAACACAUCUGCCAGUGCCGCCCCCCUCCCUUGCUGCCCCCACCACCCCCGCCCCCACCACCUCCCCGACUCCUCUCCGCCCCAGCCCCCAACUCUACCUCGUGCCCCGCUGAGGAAAGCUGGUGGUCGGGGCUGGUGAUCAUCAUUGCGGUAUGUUGUGCCUCCCUGGUGUUUCUCACUGUGCUUGUCAUCAUUUGCUACAAAGCCAUCAAAAGGAAACCACUGAGAAAAGAGGAGAAUGGCACCAGUGUUGCUGAGUAUCCCAUGACCUCCUCACAGAGCAACAAAGGGGUGGACGUGAACAGCGCCGUGGUGUGAGUCUGCAGAGCCUGGACCCGCUGGCCAGAGGGGUACAUUGGUGGCAUUAGUGGACCCGGGAAAGCAGGUGGACCCGAGCUGACACUGGGCUUGUCCAGGACUUCCGAAGGAGAAACCAACCUCCUCCCAGCCUUGCCCCCGGUCAGCUCGCAGGCAGGGCGGCGCAGACACCGGGCCGAGCCGGGCUCCCCUGCACGCAGCUCCCAGGGCCAGCGCCGCCACCCCGGGCUCCGCACGUCUCCUCCCCGUCUUGUGUUUGAUGUCCCGUCUCCCAGCCGCGCUCUGACAAA